AUGACUUGUCUGCCAUUCGGAUUAGCUGCAGCCCCGCGGAUUUUUGCUUCGGUAACAAACUGGACAGCCGAAAUACUUCGCAAGAACGGUCUGCGUCUAGUGGUUUAUCUAGACGAUUAUCUGCUCGUACACCAGGACAGAGACGUUUUGGAAGUUCAAGUAAAGAUGGCUAUACGUUUUUUGAGCAACCUAGGUUGGUGGAUCAAUAUGGAAAAAUCGAUUAUGACACCAACGAGAUUAAUAGACUUUCUGGGAAUAAGAUGGGACACCAGAUUCAACACAAAGUCCCUGCCCUUAGAAAAAAUACAGAAAAUUCGUCAGAAAUUGCUCGUGCGGCUUGCGACCGGCAGUUGGAACCUAGAGCAGGCGCAACGCCUCUUAGGAUACCUCAACUUUGCAACUUUCAUCAUCCACCGGGGAAGGUUGCAUUGCCGAGUCCUGCAGUACCACAGCAACAAGCUCAGGAAGUAUCCUCACUUAUCAAAGCGGUAUCCGGACGAGGUACGUACAGAGCUGGAGUGGUGGCUAGAGAACAUCAGUCAGAGGACACCCAUUCAUCCUCAGAGAAUGGCCACGAACCACGUCAUCACCGACGCGUCGGACAUUCAAUGGGGAGCCCUUGUAAACAACGAGAUGGUGAAAGGGUCAUGGGAACACCACCAGAGAAAAUGGCACUGCAAUUUGAAGGAGAUGUAUGCAGUCAUAGCCGCCAUAUCCUCCAGAGCAACGUUGCUCCAAGAUUCGAGAGUAAUUCUUCAGUGCGACAACAGAACAGUUGUUGCCUAUAUAAAGAACGAGGGAGGAACCCGGUCACGACAAUUGCUAGAUCUGACUCAAAAACUGCUGGCUCUUGUAGAUCACCUCAAUGUUGUACUUCUCCCUCACCACCUGCCGGGACUGUACAACACCGAAGCCGACCACCUCUCUCGAAAUCGCGCCGGCUCCGAGUGGCAUCUCACAGAAGAAGCAACCACGAGGCUGUUCAAUCUGUGGGGAAUACCAGACAUAGACUUGUUCGCGUCUCGGACCGCACACGUGGUUUCAAACUAUGUUACUCUAGACUUGCUAGACUCGAACGCCUGCUUUCACGACGAGUUCAGCAGAUCUUGGCACUAUCGACUGGCAUGGCUGUUUCCACCACCCAGUCUGAUACCCAGAGUACUAGGCCACCUCAACUCAGCCUCAGGUCGGUACAUACUAGUGGCACCCAAGUGGAAGAAGCCCUUUUGGAGGCCAGACCUGAAAGCACGGGCCCUCAAACGACCCGUGAAAAUCAGAGAUCUGAGCACCAGUCUGGUGGACACAAUGACAAUGAUACCGCCAGCUCAAGUCAGCAAUCUAGGCCUGGAAGCUUGGCUCAUUUCGGGUGGGACGCGCUGA